GUAUGUCUGUCUCUGUGUGUGUGUUUUGAAUUAAACCAGUGCUUCUGUUUUGAGAUUUUAACUACCAUGUCCAAGCUCAGUUUUGAGACAAAACCCCUCUUUUGGAAACAAAAUGAUCAACUGAUAUGAUUAUAUUCAGAUACAGUUUUAGGCUCAUGAUCCUAUUGAGGUGAUGCAAAAGGCACAAGCUGGCUUUUCCAAAACAAAUUGAAAUCAUUUUUCUGGGGUCAAUAGCCAACAGUGGGAAUAGAUUAGUACUUUUUACCAGGGCUCAAAGGGCUCUGGUCAAAUGUAGUGCACUUUAUAAGGAAUAGGGUGCCAUUUAGGACUCAGCCUGGGUGUUGUUUAAAUGCAUGACUGCUUGAAUAGGCUCAUGUGUUUCCAUGUGUCCGUUUUACUCAAUCCUGUCUUUGUUUGUCUUGCAGAAACAUGAAUCAGAGGGGGACAGAACUCUUCUAAUGAAAGUCAAGAAGGACCAAUGUUUAGUGAGGUCAUUUGCAGACUCCAAAUUUCACACUGUGGCAAGAAAGGAGAUCCAUGAAAAGGGUUGGACGGAGCAGUGCAUUUCCUAAAAAUCAAGGUGGUCCCUGACAGUUGGAAGAUGGGCAUGAAUGAGAUCUUAGAAUCGUCCAGCAGCGACAAGGAGGACACAGAAGGAAAGGAGAGUGAAGAGGAGAAGGAGGUGCUAAGGGUGGUCACGCCAUCAUGGUGUCCUACCUCCUCAACAACCCUAACAACAUCCUGUCGGUCCCCGCACCAAACCUACAGUAUCUCAGCUCCCAUGACACCUCUCAGGCUCCACGAGUUACAUUCCAAGCCCUGUCCAUAGUGGAGCCAGACAGAGUACCCUCCAACAUCACAACACCUCCACCCAUCAUCACAAAAAGCUCCAAGCAGAGGCUGAGCCCCCUACAGGGUAACCCCUUCGCUGCAGAUGGUCCAGACAGACCUGCUGCCCCCCUUCCACUUGUACCAGCCCCUGGAGCGCAUCAUGGAAGAGGCGGAGGGCAAGCUGAAUGAGCUGGGCCAAAGGAUCUCAGUCAUAUAGAAGGCCCAGUUGCAGAAUAAGAUGAUCCUCAAGGAGCAAUUCAAAGAGUAUAUGAAGGCCAAAAGCCUGAAAGAUGACCCGGGUCAGCCCUUGCCCCUGCAGACCAGCUUCGUACAUUGGCCACCCAGCAGUCCAGACUUUAGUAUGGUAGAUUACCACGACAUAUACAGCCCUGACCUGCUGAGGCUGAUGGUGAGCCAGCAGUAGAUGUUGGGGCAGCAGUUGACACCCCUGGAACCGUGCCUUCUCACCCAGGCUCCCGAUGGACUCAUAGUGGCCUUCCCCGCACAGACCAUCACAGACAAGCUGGACGACAUCAUGGCUGGUGUGAGCAGUUACUGUAGAAACUGGUUCUUCACUUUCCUUAAUCUAAUAACUAAAAAUAGGUACAGUGUUCUGUCCCCCAUCCUUUUUCUAAUGCUGAAUAUGGUUUCAAUACUAUUUCAACAUAAUUCACAACUGGUUUUAAAAUAACUUAAAUUCUAAUGUAAUAUGAAGUUAUAAUAUUUUUUAAGUUGACUCUUAACAGAUCUCUCUCUCCCCUGGCAGCUUCAUUAAAUAGUACCCCCAAACACCAGUCUCAAC